UACAAAACGUGUUCGCAGAUUACGACAAUGGAUUUAAUUUUUUUGACACUAUGUACUCUUUGCAUCCUUGUUAUUUUCGCAUUUCUACCAAAAGUGCAUCAUCAUUAUGUUAUUCGACAGAAACUCAAAAAUCUACCCGCACCUGUUAUUGGUUCGAUAUUUAAGUUAAUGAGGUUAUCAGAUUAUGAGCGCAUGAAAUUGUUUCUUACGGUAGUAGAGAAUUAUAAAGAAGGAAUAUUCAUACACUAUAUCGGAAUUGCACCUUAUAUUAACAUAUUUAAGCCAGAAUACUUGCAGCAUAUUUUACCUAGCACUGUAAAUGUCACAAAAGGAGAUUUCUAUGAUAUGCUGAAACCUUGGUUGGGCAAUGGACUUUUGACAUCUGCAGGUGAACAAUGGUUCCACGAUAGAAAACUCAUCGGGCCAACGUUCCAUUUUAGUAUAUUAAAUCAAUUUGCUAUGAUUGUGUUUGAAAAAGCAGAUAUUCUGACAAAGUGUCUUCAAAAAGAGGUAGAAAAGGAUCCAGGAAAAGCCAUUAAUAUUUUCCCUUUUAUUAUCAAUGCUGCUCUCGAUAUUAUCUGCGAAACAGCAAUGGGUGUGGAUAUACAUGCUCAAGAAGUUGUAACCAAAUAUACAUCAACAGUACACCUAACUUCCUCGUUAAUAAUGAAACGACUGCAUCGACCGUGGCAUUGGAUUGAAUGGUUGUUCUAUUUACUGCCUACAGGGAAACAGUUUAAAUCAGCGCUUGAUAUAUUACAUGGAUUU